AUGCCGUUGGGUUUGAAGAUAAAAAAGCAAAUCACCGGCAACACAAACGCCGAGCCGAGCGAGGAAGAAGUCGCCGAGAUGCAGAAGAUUCGCACCCAGUUUGCUGCCGCUGGAGUUGAUGAGGACGCUCCGCGCUCAACUAGGAGUGUAUUGGAAGCUACGAUGCCUGGUGAAGAGGUGGCCAUCGAUGAUAUCCAAGCUACGCCCAGCGCC